GAGUCAGCACAUUUUUGUCCAAUCAGAGUUAAUACCUAUAUCAAAGAACGAUGAAUUUACAAUUAAUUUUUAUAUCUAUAUUGAUUCUUAAUGUUCAUUCUAGAAAUUUGCAUAAACGCGAAAUUGAUGAAAAAGUAAGAUUUUGCGUUCCUCGUAAGUAUAUUGCGGAUUGUCUGAAGCUUUAUGCAAAUGAUCCGAGUGAUAAACGGGUUAGUUGUAUUCCUGCCAGGGAUCAAAUGGAAUGUCUGGAGUAUGUGAAGAAACGAGAAGCUGAUGUUAUGCUGGCAGAUCCUGAAGAUAUGUAUAUUGCCUAUCACCUUGAAAAUGAUGAUUUUGAUAUUGUUCAGGAAAUUAGAACUAUCGAGGAAAGUCAUUCAGCUUUUAGAUAUGAUGGAAUCAUAUUAGUUAAAAAGGGAUCUGAUAUUCACAGUUUGAAAGAUUUGAAAGGAAAAAGAUCCUGUCAUACAGGAUUUGGACGAAAUGUUGGAUACAAAAUUCCUCUAACUAAACUUCGGAAAAAUGGGGUUCUAAAAUUAUCCAACGAUCCUGAACUUUCAUCAACUGAAAAAGAGCUAGACGCUUUGUCGCUAUUUUUCGAAAAAGCUUGUAUUGCAGGGCAGUGGUCUCCGGAUAGAUUGGUAAACGAAGUUUUUAAAAAACGUUAUUCUAAUUUAUGCGCACUCUGUGAGGAUCCUGCUAAAUGCGAUUAUCCUGAUAAGUAUUCUGGGUAUGAUGGGGCCGUUAGAUGCGUGGUUGAAGGUCAAGGAGAUGUAGCAUUCACUAAAACGUACUUUGUGAAGAAGCACUUUAAUAUACCAAUUGUGGCAGGUCAAGUUGGUUCUAUCUCCAGUGAUGCCGAAAACUACGAGUACAUGUGCGAAGAUGGAAGAAGAACGCCCAUUACUGAUCAAAAUCCUUGCAGCUGGGCUCAACGACCUUGGCAAGCGUAUAUGUCAAAUGCAGAUAUCGUUUCGCGCAAACCCAUAAUCCAGGGAUAUUUAAGUGAGUUUUUUGAAAAAGGGAAAACGCGACUCACCAAAGACGAAGCAGCACAUUUGUUUAUCAAGGAUACGUUGACUACAUUUAACAACUCGGAGGUUGUUCGGCCUCAUGCACAUCUUUUCAAUGCUCAUUACAAAGAUGUGAUUGAACGUGAUGGAACCGAACAGGGUGUUAUUCGAUUCUGUGUGAGUUCAGAAGUGGAGAUGCGAAAAUGUAAAUGGCUAAAACAAGCUGCUUACUCACGAGAUAUUCGACCACAGCUAGAAUGUGUGGAAAAGGGUCGCGAGGCAUGUUUAGAAGCCGUAUCUAAUGGCAAAGCAGAAGUCGUGGUUGUUCCACCGUCACUCAGUAAACAAGCUGACGAAAAAAAUCUUUUACAGGUUCUAUCGGAAAAGUUUGAUGAUGAUUACUUUGUGGCCUUGGUAGAUACGGAUUUCGGUGAAAGCGAUGUUCCUUCUUCUUCAUUGAAAUUUGAUUCUAGCCAAGUACGUGCAGUAACGUCCGCAUUAUACUUAAAUUCAAAACGUGGAAUAUCGAAAUGUCCAAAUGUGUUGUCAUCUGAAGAGCUCGCUAAAAUUCAAAUUGUCAAUUCAAAGAAGUUAGAUGAGUAUAAAAGUGCAAAUAAACAACUUUUGUGUCAAGAUUGGAGUAAGAAGACAUUAUCAGAUUAUAAGACGUGCAACUUUGAUUACAGCUUACCGAAUGGAAUUUACGUGAACAAAGCAGAAAGUCGACAAACACGAGAUAACAUUCGACAUGCAUUUACAGCAAUAGGCAAAAGUUUUGGCUCCAAGGGGAAAUUAAAUCAUGUAUUUGAUCUUUUUGGGCAAUUUGAGUCCGGCCAAAAAGACGUUAUAUUCAGCGGAGAUGCGAUAGAUAUUGUACCAGAGGCUCCUACAAAUAUCGACAAAAACCUUUACAAUUCAUUACAUUGCUUGUAAUCGAUGACAAAGUGAUUUAAAACAAAGUAGUGUUUGAAUGAAUCAAUUUUAUUUGAAAUUAUU